CAGGACUCGGAUGAGUGGACGCUGUGCAGUCGCUGUGAGGCGUAUCGGCCUCCCCGUGCCCAGCACUGCCGCGUGUGCCACCGCUGCGUGCGCCGCAUGGACCACCACUGCCCCUGGAUAAAUAACUGCAUCGGGGAACUGAACCAGAAAUACUUCAUCCAGUUCCUCUUUUACACGGGCCUGACCAGCGCCUACGCGGCGGGGUUGGUGUUGGCUGCGUGGUUGGGGCCAUCAGGAGGAGACGGCGCCGAAAACCGCAUCCAGACCACUCACUGCAUCGUGCUGCUGCUGGAGUCCCUCCUCUUUGGCGUUUUUGUCACCGUUGUGUUUUAUGAUCAGGUGGUGUCCAUCCUCACGGAGCAGCCCCACAAGCGGGGCUCGAAGGAGGCGUGUGGGGGACGAGCGUGGGCAGCAGCGCUGCAGGAGGUGUUUGGGGCAGGCUGUGUGCUCAGCUGGCUCUGCCCCUGCAGCGCCCCGUCCCGCCCCACAUACAGCCUCCUGCCCCACGGCGACGUCUGAGCCCCAUGGAAUGGCUGGGGGAUGGGGGGCGUUGGUGCCCAGGGGGUGCUGAUGCCCCAAAGUUUGGGUACCCAGGAGAGGUUCUGAGAGCCCAGCUCUGUGUUCGGGGGGUCCGGCCCCAAAGAUUGGGCGCCCCAUAGAGGUGCUGGGGGGGGUCUCUACGAUCAGGAAGUCACACCCCAAAGUUUGGCCACCUCCUAGAGGUGCUGGGGCAUCCGUGGGUCCGUGCUCAGGGGGUCCUGCCCCAUAGAUCAGGUGCCCCAUAGGGGUCCAGGGGGUCCCACCCCCCAAGUCCAGGCACCCCAACACCCCACAGAGGUUCAGGGAUGGCCCCGAUUCGUGACGCUGCGUGGCACCAAGGAGGGGGGGGGGCACCCAACCAACCCCUCUGCACCCGGUGUUGGUGGUGCCGUGGGGGGGAUCAGCGAUCAGCUCAGCCCCACUGUGCACAGGGGGAGCGCAAUGACCCCAGAGCAGAGAGCGGAGCUCCAUAAAUAGCUUUAAAUAACCCCCCGCCCCCCAGGAGGCGCACAGAGGGGGGGUUGUGGGGGCGCCCCGAGGCCAGCCCAGGGCCGAGACCCCCGGCAGGGGCUGAGGUAGACACGACGAACCCAAUAAACCCGCGGCUACGCCCGGCGCCGCCGCAGGAUCUCCAGAA